UGUAUUAAUGCAAAGGUCAAGUCGAAAAAGAGAAACAAGUUAUCCUCGUUUUCUUCACCCAAACACAAACUAAAAUAACAGUCCAAUAAUAAAGCAUCGCCAUUGUCGAGAAGAAACACAAUACAACUUCAUCCUCUCUCUUACUCUUACUCUCUCUCUCUCUCUAACCGGUGACUUGCCCAAUGAAAGGGUGGUCACGCCGGAAGCCUCGCCGGCGAGCGUGGUGCUGCUCGUUCGCAAUCCCUCCCUCUAGUCCCGAACUCACUUCAAUCUCCAAAUCGCCUCACAAAGCGCAACCCUUUCCCAAAAGCAGCGUUUCGGUCCCUAACUCUCCUCAGAGCGCCAAAUCUGGGUUCCCCAUCGUGGGUCGGAUCGACCCGCGCCGGAUCUUGUCGCCGGGAAGAGUCUCUCCCAUUGACUCGGAUCCCACACCCUCCGUGUCGCAACUCCGAUCCCCUAGCUUUCGAGCUCCCUCCCCGCCGCCGGUGGCGGAUGCCGCGGCGCUGGACGUGAAGCUAAAGCUGCGAGGGAAGAACGGGGGGAGCAUGGUGAUGGAGGUGGACUCAGAGGUUCUUGAAGCGAACUCGGAGGUGUUUGCGGGUUUGAUAGCGGAUUGCAAGAGAGGUGGGGGUGGAGCGACGAUGGAGGUGGAGAACUUGGGUGUGUUCAGUGACACCAUCGAGCUUAUGUUUGAAGAUGAUGAUUGCAUCACCAAGAAGCUCAUCAACGUUGGCGUUUUUCGCUCCAUUGACAUUUUAGAGGUUUCGGCAGGAAUUAUGUUCACUAAGGGCGUUCGGUGUUGUUUAAAGUACCUUGAGGCGGUUCCUUGGACUGAGGAGGAAGAAGAGAAACUGAGGAGCCUUUUCACAAGAUUUGAGUUCGAUGAUGCAACAACAAGAGACAUUUUGGGAAGACUGUACUUGCACGACUCAAUAGAUUUCCGGCCAAACGUUGCACAACAACUUGUUCGGUCUAUCACCACUUCUGAGGAUGCAAAUGCCAGAACUGAAAUGAAGUCACUAGUCAAGGGUCUUCUCUGCAAAAGUUCUGUGUAUGAGAAGAACCAUCUUGACCUUAGCAAGGAGGAUCUAUUUACUGUUUGUGACUCGUGUUUGAGUUCACUUAUCAGUCUCUUUGAAGAGGCAUCAGAUACCAUGCGUCCUGAAAGGUUGAUUACAAAAGACACGAGCAAGCCUCUGAUUGAACGAAUCUCAAGACAGGUUGAUAACAUUAACUGGUUGCUUGAAAUUAUGCUGGAUGGGCAAGUGGCAGAGGACUUUGUGGAUGUAUGGGCACGUCAGGAAAAGCUUCUUAAAAUGCAUGACGUUACCUCCCCUAUGAUAAGAUAUGAGCUCAGUAGAGUCUCGGCAAUCCUAUUUGUUGCUAUGGGUACGAGAAAACUGCAAUGCCCUUUGGAGGCUAGAUCAGGGCUUCUCCAAGCAUGGUUUGGACCUAUGCUGUUGGACUUUGGUUGGCUUCAAAGAUGCAAAAAAGGGCUUGAUAUGAAGGCCUUGGAAGAGGCUAUGGGGCAGACACUACUUACUUUACCUUUAAAGCAGCAGUAUGUGCUGUUUAUGGAAUGGUUUCGGCAUUUUUCAAGACAUGGCACUGAGUGCCCAAAUAUGGGCAAGGCAUUCCAAAUUUGGUGGCGUAGAUCUUUCUUAAGAAGUUCUGAGGCUGUUGAAUCAAGAUAGAUGGUAUCGUGAUUUGUCUUUUAUAGUGUGUAGAGUUGGAAUUAAGUGAGAUAUUCUAAUUUAUUUGAACUGAAUAACGUAGUUAAAUAGGAUCAUCAUCCUCGCAACUGACUGGCAUCAGGUUUUCUAGAUGUUUUCCCCUUUAUUAUUUGUUGACUACGGUGAAUUAAAACCUGAAGGCUUCUACUCUAUCUAUCUCCUAGGAUCGCUUCCCAUGUUUUUCGACGUGAUUGAGUCCAGUUGGGUGUAAAUGGAAUAAGGAUAGAUUUUGCGGACAGAAUUGGAAAUCUAUCUUCCUCCGAAACCGCGAUUGCCGAGAAUCUCAACCUUCAUUGAAUCAAGGACUGUGGCUAGUUAUUGUUUUUCAUAACUUAGCUAUUUUAUAACAUAUGUACCUAACCAUUUGCUGAGACUAGUUAUGAGAAAUGGGGAUGGAGAGGGCGAAUGUCGCAUUUUACCUUUAAGAAGGAGCAAUCUGGAGCUAGAAAAAGAACUUCUUGGCGGCAAAAUCCUUGAAAUCUUUCCAAACACGAUCAUAAUAGCUAUUUCGGAUUAUUUAAUAACAAAUUCCCAACAGUUUUUCAUCUGAUCGACUUGGGCAUUAGUUCGCAUCCGCAUAUCUAACCAAGGGAUCCUUCAGACGAUCCUUAACCAAGGGCAGAUAGCAAGACCAUCGGAAUUUAGUGUCUAUCUCGAAUAUAUCACGAUAACAAAUUUCAGAAAUGAACACUGAAAUAAACAAUUUCAAUCAUGAGAAAGAAAUUAUAAAAUGAAAUAUACACAAAUACAAACAAUCACUCAGGACUUGAGUGUCAAAGUUCAAACCACAGAAUAGCCUUAUUUAAAAAUAUCUGAUACCCUUAAAUUGGGAUCAUGUUCGCAUUUGAUCAAUCAAACUUGAAAUUGAUUUCUUUUUCUACUAAUUUAUAAAUAGAAUACUUUUGGUCCCCAAUCUAUGAUGGUAUAGUUGAUGAUAAAGGACCAAAAACAGACUAUCUUCAAAUUAGAGGAC